AAGCAAAGAAAAGAAUAUGGUGGACCUUGGACGCCUCCUCGCUCCUUCCCUAAUUAAUUUCGUUCGUCAGCCGGCGUCGCCGCUCGCUCGAUCUGGAGUGAUCGCCGAAAAGGCGAAUCGAGAGGAGGCGGCCAAGGACGGGGAGCAUGGAGGUGCAAUGGGCGCUGGUGGUUCACGGAGUGGUGACGACGCUGGUGGUGGUCUCGUUCCUCUGCGGACACUGGCCCAUCUUCCGCGGCACCUUCGUCGAGAAAAUUAACUACUUCCUAACUUUCGGCGCUUAUGACUACUUCCUGCGGUUUGUGGUAGCUGUAUUUGGCUCUAAGGGCAAAAAUUGUGUUCUUGCAGUUGAGCAUUAUUGUUGCGAUCGGCCAAAUCCUGUUUUACAAUGCUAUCUGCAGAUAUUCUAUCUUUCUAUUGUUUGUGUGACAUACUUCAUGUUUGGAAGAUCAUCCUUCAGAUAUAUUCCUGGUUACUAUGUCAGUGAACUGCACUGGUACAUGGGCAUUGUUGCUGUAGGUGUCGGAGUUAUUCUUUUUAUCUUGACUAGCUUUUCAGAUCCAGGAACUGUGACAGCUGAUAAUGUUUCCAAAUAUGUCUCUGUAUAUCCAUAUGAUAAUAUAAUAUACGAGGAGAAACAAUGUGGGACUUGCAGGAUCCAAAAACCUGCUAGAUCUAAGCAUUGUAGUGUAUGCAAUAGGUGUGUUGCCCGAUUUGAUCACCAUUGCGGUUGGAUGAAUAAUUGCAUUGGGGAGAAAAACACCCGCUACUUCAUGGCCUUCCUUCUCUGGCACUUCAUUAUUUGUAUAUAUGGUGCAUUUGUCCUCGUGUUAAUUCUUGCUGGUCAACUGAAAGAACACGAGAUAAUAUACAUAUUAACUGUUUAUUAUGGCGUUGAACAUUCCAUUUCUAGCUUAUCUCCACAUCUAGUGCAGUGGUUGCUCGGUUCGUAUAAUACCCAAAUACUUCUGAUUGUAUUCCUGAUAAUACUUUCAUUGCUGCUGGCUGGAUUCUUUGGCUACCACGCACAUCUCUGCCUGACUAACACCACAACAAACGAGACUUUCAAGUGGGAAGACUACAUAAGCUGGAAGAGGAAACUAAAUGAAGCUAAAGCUAGUGUUGCGGCGCUGAAGGACAGUAUACAGGCAGUCAGCGGAGAUGCAAAACCUCGCGAAAGCAAAUGGAGGGCUUUUUUACGUAAGUCCCCAUUGCAGCAGGAGGAAUUGGUUGUUAAGAAUAACUUGUAUGAUCAAGUUCGAAAAAGUUCUAAAGCCGAAAGAGACAAGGAAGGGAUGGAGAGAUUCAAUUAUGAUCUUGUCUUUCUGCUCAUUCUGAGAGCCACAAUCUAGAAAGAGUAAUUCUUUAGCGUGUUGGCAGCAACGACAGAUGGUCCGAGGUGUUUAUAAUUCAUCUCGAAGCAAAAUGUUCGUCCAUGUUGAAAGUGAAUACCCCUUCAAAUGUUUUGUAAUUUGGAAGCUUCAUGUAUCGGGUGUUAUUUUCUAGAAGCAGUUCUGAA